UAAACUGUAGUUGAAAUGUUCAGGUAUUGAUGCCGGAUGAACAAGGAAAGGAGAGAAUAAUCCCAAUCCAGUUAGAAUCCACUCCAACCUCCCCCACUAGUACACGACCCACAUCCAGCCCUAAACCGUCAUACUCAACCCCAGGUAGUAAAUAUACCACCAGCCCAGACACAACUCCAGUAUCCAGAAGUUCAGAACGAAUCAUUCCCAUCACCAGACUUUCCAAUGGAGAUCUUAACGGUCACACUCCGAUAAAUGGAACCAACGGGCACAGUAACGGAAUUUCUCCGUCUGUCAACGGGUUCGGUUCCAAAGGGUUUGGAGUUUCCCGACGCUCUGUUCCAAAUGUGAUAGGAUUCCGAGGUUUAAAUGAGAAAGCCAGUGAUAAAGACAUCCCCGCCAAACCCUUGGUUAUCCGUAAACUGAGUCCACUGAGCCCCAAGCAUAUAGUUGUUCCAUCCAGCUCUAAACCUGCUCCGGCACCUAAACCCGAGUAUUUGAUGUCCCCUCCCAUGUCCCCAGUUCCCUCUGAAGAGAACAGAUCUCCAGCUCUCUCCAGAACUAAUUCUCUUCCUCCAACAUCACCUGGAGCAUCAUCUCCAGCUCGUUCAUCUACUCCAGUCCCUUCAUCCUCUCCAUUACCUCCAGUAUCCUCUACAUCUCCUCUACCUGGAGUAGAGGCUGAGGCAAAUGAGGAACCUCUUCCAGUAGCUGAAGAUAAUAUUCCUGAGAUGGAAAAUCUUAGCCUUGGUGUAGAAGGGAAGAGAGAGGAAGAGCUAAAGCAUAUCGAGGCUGAGGCUAAGAACCCUGAGACAGAAGAAGAGUUCGAGGACGCUAGUCCUGAGGAGAUGGAGGAGGUUUCGGAGAAAGAUAUGGACAUCGAGAACUACAGAGAUCAGGAGGUAGAGGAGGAGAAGUACCUAGAAUACUACGGACUCAGGGAGCGUGAACUUCUCUGUCCUAUACUUGAAGAGGAUAAUGAAAGCACGGCUUCAGGAAGUUUAUGUAACUUGCAAAAUAAUUCAGGAAUAUUUACCCCUGAAGAUCAAUUACUAGAGCAGGGAGAACACCAUGAUGGAGUACAUUUUAUUAAGGUGUUGGAGAAUGAAAUGUUUAAGUUUGAAGAACAGAUUUGUGAUUUUGAAGAGGAGUUGUCGAUAAGCUGUGAUAUUCCAGAGGAGUGCAGGGAGAAUAUACUCUCUACUGUAGGUUUGGCUAAACUUCUGAUGGCGCAGAAGCUAGCGCAGUUCCGUGGAUUAUGUGAUAAAAAUAUUCAUGUGAGUAAAGAAGAGGAUCCGUUUGUUCCUACCAACCAGGAUCUAGCAGGAUUCUGGGAUAUGGUUCAUAUUCAGAUCGAGCAAGUGCAUGGUAAAUUUGCAGAUCUACAGAAACUGCGAGCUGAAGGAUGGGUUAUUAAGGUUCCUGAAGUAAAGAAAGCGGUGAAGAAAGGAGUGAAUAAAAAAGUAAAUAAACCUAUUAAACCUAAAGAGAAGAGUGAAGCAGCUUUAGCACGUGAUCUUGCCAGGAAGAAAAUGAUGGAAGCAAGGAAGAAGGCAAUGAAGAUGAAUCAAGAUGAAUCUGAUUUGAUCAUCAUCAUGUAGAUUAGUGACCAAUAUAAAAGCGUCAUCAAUACUUCUACAAUUCAAUUAUAUAUUUAUGUACAGUGUGUAUGUCAUAUUACGUACAUAUUAGUGAUAAUGGAUUAACGCUGACUUCUAGUGCAUAUUGAUUAUUGAUAGUGAUGCAAAAACUAGAGCUAAUCUAAAAAUAUAUCACAGAUAUAUCAAGUGACCGGAGCCAUUUAAAGGGAUAUUUCAUUUUGAUAAAUUUCUUGACUUCUCCAACUGAUGACGCAUAAAUGAUCCAUCUUGGUAGUGCCUGAAUAAAUUAUUACUAGAGACAUCUAGUGGUAUCCUUAGUAUCAUCUCUAGUGAAUUCCCUGGUAUGGUACUAGAGACAUCUAGUGGUAUUCUUAUUAUCAUCUAAAGUGAAUUCCCUGGUAUGGUACUAGAGACAUCUAGUGGUAUUCUUAUUAUCAUCUAUAGUGAAUUCCCUGGUAUGGUACUAGAGACAUCUAGUGGUAUUCUUAUUAUCAUCUAAAGUGAAUUCCCUGGUAUGGUACUAGAGACAUUUAGUGGUAUUCUUAUUAUCUUCUAUAGUGAAUUCCCUAGUAUGGUACUAGAGACAUCUAGUGGUAUUCUUAUUAUCAUCCAUAGUGAAUUCCCUGGUAUGGUAAUAGAGACAUCGAGUGGUAUUCUUAUUAUCAUCUUUAGUGAAUUCCCUAGUAUGGUACUAGAAACAUCUAGUGGUAUCUUGUCAUUUAAGAUAAUUGUGAGUCGACUACUGGUGGUGAAUCAGUCUUCUAUCUUUUACAAUCCUUACAGUAAUUACAAGAAUCUGAAUAUCAGAGAACAAUCACAAAAAAAGGCAGUGCUAUAAGUUCAACUGACAGAAGCAUAAAGUGGUAUGCAUGAUUAUUAUAUAUAAAUCAAUCACAGAAGUAUUCUGCAUAACCUGUAUUAUCUAAUGGUACGAAGAACCCUAUUAUUUUUGUACCUGAACUGACGUCACUGCAAAGUGCAUAGUGCAUGUACUGUGUUAUAAACUUGUUAAACCUAUGGAUGAAUUGUUAGUAAGUGCUAUCUAAGAAACUGAAUUAAUGAUAACAUAACUCUCUAAUAUUAAAACAAUUUGCGAGUAAAGAUCUGAAAUGGCAAAAUUUCUAGUUUUAUCGAUUAAAUUAAACUUGUUAACUUGUUUAUUUCUAUGUACAGUGUCAAACUGCAUAGUUCAAAGUUGAGACUACGGAUCAAGUAUUGUACAAAAUUAACCAAACAAAACAUUAACAAUGUAUGUACUGUACAGUGUACAAUGAUGACAAAUUUGCACGUACAUUGAACUAAUACAUAAUAAAAGACCUUAACCGUGGAGUUAUUAGAAAUACAAAGUCAUCAUCAUUAUACCUUGAUUGUGGUAUUUCUGCGUACAUCUGCACUCCAUCUUAUUAUUGUACUCAAUAACCCAAUAUUUUUAGUAUUUGUGAUUUCCUCUAUUUUAUACCUUUUUGGCCUUAACCAAGUAUUAUUUAUAAUAAAUUCAUUUUCUUAA